AUGAGAAAAAACAGCAAUAUUAAUGCUCAAGAUGAUGCAGCAAAUAAUUCCCAGCCAAAACGAAGAAGACGAUCACCAUUUGAAAGUAACAGAAUUGCUGAUACAAGUGGUAUUCAACAGCCAACAGAUCGUCAACAACGUCUUUUUUCUGCUCGAUUGUUUUCUGCUUCACAAAGUCGUUCGCCUUUUAAUACUGACCAAGAACAACAACAGCAACCAAAUACAAGUAAUUAUCAACACCAUUUAACACCAACAACAUCAAAUAAUAAUCAAUGGUUAAAGCAACAACUUCCGAUUGGAGGAUGGAAAAAGCAUUUGGCCAGAGAAGCAGUUUCGGACAAUGAGGAUGAUAAACACUUUAAUGAAAAUCGGGUAAGAUUUCAGCAUAUUAUUUUCCUUUAA